AUCUCAUUGAAUAGUUUUAAAAUACUUUCGAGUUUUCGAUGUCUAAUGCUAUUGAAUGAUUAUGGUCAUGGUUUUGCGUAUUUUUCUAUUUAUUGGUUUUUGUGUCACAACCACAUGUGGCGAAAGUUAUUUGAAGAUUACCAAAAUUGUGUGCGAAACACAUCCGAGCUUUAUUCACAAUCAUUCGUGUGCCCUGAAACCGGUUAAUCGUUACAAAACUUUCAUUUUAAUGGACUGUUGGAUAAAGACUCAAUUAAGGAACUCAUCGGUAAACCUGGCAUUGUAUGUUCGAAACAGCGCGAAUAUCUAUAAACCAUUCGUAAUUAAUGCAACUAUUAACGUGUGCCAGCUCUUUGCCAAGAGUACGCAGGGUGCUUAUGGAAAAAUUAUAAAAACAAUUUUCAGCAGAUUCACCAACAUAAAUCAUUCUUGCCCCUUUUCGGGUCAUAUCUUCGUUAGAAACGCAUAUUGGGACUCUUCACUGUUGCCGGCGCUACCACAGAAUUCAUAUAAAGCUGUUUUCACCUUCUACGAAGGUUAUCCAUUGAAAAAUUAUGGCUUUGUAGAAUAUUUUGCUGAAUAUAUAGAAAAAAGGACUAAGUCCACUUUAGGAUAA